AAUUUAGGGUUCUUGGGAAGGGAUGAGCGGCACUCCCUUCGUCAUCGCCGCCGAUGACGCCGAGCAGCAGCGAUCCUCCUCAGGUAUGAGCAUCCAGGCCUUCCUCGGCAGCCUCGUGGAGCCGACGCGCGAUCUGGCGCGCCCGCCGAUCUCCAAUUUCCGGGUCGGAGCAGUGGGGCUGGGAUCCAGCGGGCGGGUCUUCCGGGGCGUCAAUCUCGAGUUCCCGGGCCUGCCGCUCCACCAUUCCGUCCACGCCGAGCAGUUCUUGGUUGCGAAUCUGGCGCAGCACGGCGAGAUUUCGAUCGAGUUCUUGGCGGUCUCGGCCGCGCCUUGCGGCCACUGCCGCCAGUUCCUCCAGGAGCUCCGCGGAGCCAAGGAUCUCGAGCUCUUCAUUGUCGACGGUGAGAAUUCCGAGACACAGCUUCUCUCCAGAUUUCUUCCUCACCGGUUCGGCCCAGACGAUCUUCUCGCGCAGGAUCUCGACUUUCCCCUGCUGCUAGAGCCCAGGAACAAUGGCUUGGUCUUGGAGGGACUAGAUCACAAGUGCUACCGUGGUCGCGAGGAAGACGGUCUCGAUCUCUCCGGACUGGAAGAUGCGAGACUUAGAGACGCCGCGCUGGAGGCUGCGAACAAAUCUUACGCUCCAUACACCGGCUCUCCCUCCGGCGUAGCGAUCUUCACCAGGAACGCCAGAGUUUUUUCCGGAUCUUACUGCGAGUCUGCCGCUUUCAACCCGAGCUUGCCCCCUCUCCAGGCCGCCAUUGUGGCUUUCGUCGCGAAUGGUGGUGGUGGCUACCAAGACAUCGUCUGUGCGGUUCUAGUGGAGACGAAGAACUCUUCCGUCCAGCAAGCUCCAACGACGAGGAUGGCGCUGGAUCAAAUCAGCCCCCGGUGCCCGCUCCACGUCUACUACGCUGGAUCUCCAUCCAAGGAUUGAUGGAGCGCUUACUAUCACAUUCAUCACAGGGAGACAAUGACAACCCUUCAAACAAUAAUUUUUCCAGGAAGAGCUCUCAGAUUCUCUCCA